CGGUUCUCGGCAUCGGGCAAAUAUCUUUGCUUUGGGUAUCGGGUGUUGUGGUGUCUGUCAAAAAUUGUCGACACCUACAUUUUUAUGAGUAGGAACUAGUCUUUUUGUCCAAUUAUACAAAAAAUAAUUAAAAAAUGGGCAUAUUAUUUUCUAAAAAGAAACACGUCAGUCGUAUUACGGAGCAGGAUAAAGCUGUCUUACAAUUAAAACAAGCACGUGACAAGAUUAAAGUUUAUCAAAAGCGAAUCGAACAAAGUAUCGAAAAGGAGAGGGAAAUAGCGAAGAAAUUAUUAGAAAAAGGGCAGAAAAAUCGAGCUUUGCUUUUACUGCGUAAGAAAAAGUUUCAAGAGCAGAUUCUUUCCAAGACUGAUGGUCAGCUGGACAAUUUGGAGCGUAUGACGCAUGAUUUGGAGUUUGCUCAAAUAGAAACACAGGUAAUCGAUGGACUGAAACUAGGAAAUACAGCGCUCAAGAAAUUGCAGGAAGUCUUGUCCAUCGAUGAGAUUGAAAAGGUUAUGGACGAGACAAGAGAGGGUGUCGAAAAACAAAACGAGAUCAAUGACAUUCUGAUGGGCACAUUGACUGACGAAGAUGAAGCAGGCGCUGAGGCUGAACUUGAAGCAUUAUUAGAGUUGGAUGCAAAGGAAGCCAUUCCUGAGGUUCCAGUUGAUGUGCAAUUACCAGAUGUACCUGAAGAGUUGCCAAUGAAAGAAAAAGUUACUGCCAAGAAAAAGAAGGAGGAUAAAAUUAAAGAACCAGUUGCUCUUGAGGCGUAAAUGGCUUACCAACAAAAGCUUCGCAGUUUGUAUAUAAACUUGUACAGUUCAUACAGUUCUUUUAAAAAGAAGUCGUACAUUAUUUAUCUACAUAGAUAUGGUGUACAAGGAUUCGAAACUAAAUAGAAAAUAUGAUUCAAGUAUUUUAAGAAUUACAUGAAUAUCAACCAAAGUGCAAUAAGCAGAGGAAUUCGACUUUCACAAUAUUUGUGGUUAUAUCAUAGUAUAGUGACUACUUUCCUUACCGUAGAAUAAGAAUGAUGAAGUUUCUAUAAAUUGUAUACAAAGAUUCGUAAUUGACUGUUCAAAUCUAUAAAUUAGGGCUUUUUCACAUGUUACUAAGUGCUCGAUCUAUGUUUGCAAGUACGUCUCUUUUUUUCAUG